AAGCGCCCAAGGGCAACUAAAUCCCAGCUCCUUUUAAAGCCUCACCAAUACCCACAUACACCCUUUAACCUAGCCCCAUAUAUGAUAGUUUUUCGCUCUCCAUAGUACUCACUCCACUCUCUUCUCCAUAGAGGGAGGGGGGGGGGCAAAGAAAAAGGAAAAAGUUUUAAGUACUCACUCAAACCAUGAACCAAAUGGCUAGGGAACUUAGCUCAACCACAGUACUCUUACACAAGAACAGCAACAGUACUGCUCCCCCUCCACUUCCAUGGCCCUCUUGCAAACACCCCGAGACCCGCUCCUCCAGAGCCAACCGGGUCAACUCGGCCCGGUUCGACUCGGCCGAGUCGUGCUUCAGCAGCUCCUCCUCGGGCGAGUCGGAGAAGAGCCUCUCGACGAUCUCCGAAGCUUCCGUGGGACAAAAUGGCGCGGCCGACGACGCCGUCGAGGCCGUAAUCCGCGGGCUCCGGCCCGACCCGAACCGGCUCUUCUUCGAACCGGGCUCCGGCUCGAGCUCGAUAGCUAAGAAGCCGGCGGACCCGGUCGAGCCCGAACCGGACCGGUUCGAGGGGGGAGUGGCGGUCGCGGUGGACUCGGAGGACCUGUACGCGGACUUCCGCGCGUCGAUGGAGGCGAUGGUCGCGGCGCACGGCGUGAAGGGCUGGGAUUGGCUGGAGGAGAUGCUGACGUGGUACCUCAGGGCCAAUGGGAAGGCGACACAUGGCGUGAUCGUGGGCGCCUUCCUGGAUCUGCUCGUGGCGAUCAGUGCGAGCUCCACCGACGCUUCUUCUUCGUCGUCGUCGUCGUCGUCGUCGUCCUCUUCUUCGUCCUUCUCAUUUGAGAUGGAGAACGCAAAUGAAAAUUCUGGUUCCUUGAGGGGUGAUGUUGCAAAAAAUAAGAAGAGAGAUGAGUAGCCCUAGAAAACGUAAUUGAAUUAAGUGAUGUACAUGGUACCUCUUAAGUUUCUUAAGUAAGCAUU